AUAUGUACCCAGGUUAUCCAUUUAUCUCUGCCAUUGAAAUUCACAAGUUUGGAAAAAUCCAGCGCUUUAUCCAGCGGCUUCUCAGAAUCCAAACACUCUUAAAUAUUGCAAAAAAUGGCAAUGAUUCCUAACUUCUUCGGCAACCGACGCAACAGCAUGUUCGACCCAUUUUCUUUGGACGUAUGGGAUCCUUUCAAGGAUUUCGAUUUCCCAUCGCUCUCCUCGUUCCCUCAACUUUCCCGAGAAAACACCGCUUUCGUCAACACACGCGUGGACUGGAAGGAGACUCCAGAGGCACACGUGUUCAAGGCGGACCUUCCAGGGCUGAAGAAAGAGGAAGUGAAGGUGGAGAUUGAAGACGACAAGGUGCUUCAAAUCAGCGGAGAGAGGAACGCAGAGAAGGAAGACAAGAACGACACGUGGCAUCGCGUAGAGAGGAGUAGUGGGAAGUUUUCGAGGAGGUUUAGGUUGCCGGAAAAUGUGAAGAUGGAUAAUGUCAAGGCUUCUAUGGAAAAUGGGGUUCUCACUGUUACUGUUCCUAAAGUUGAGAUGAAAAAACCUGACAUUAAAUCUGUUGAAAUUUCUGGUUAAGGUUUAAACUUGUCUGGUUUCUUUCUGUCGCUACUAGGUUAUGUUGUUUGAUUGGUGUCUUUGUUUUAUUUUGUUUUGAAGAUCGUCUAGUGUAAGGUUUAGUAAUGUAAAUCUUGAACUUUACUGUAACCAUGGUUUGACUAUUUGUUUGAAUUGUUUUCCCACAAAAAAUGAGUUACCAAAUUUUUUUUUUUUAUCUCAUAAUGAAAUCUGUUAUUGUUGGGGUAAUUGCUUUUGAAUAAUUGAGUGUGCAUGUUUAUGAGAGGCCUACAAUCAAGUGUGCUCUUGAUUGAAUUGAAUCCUUGUAAUUGUGAGAAUGGGCCUCAAUACUG